CUGUGUUUCCAAAAUGGCACCGGUCAUCAGCAGCAGUAUUGUAGUGUUUAUUUGUUUCUUUCCCCAGGCGCUUGCGAUGAUUGAAGGAUUAUACUGCGGCCUUGAAAAUUGUUAUGAAAUACUUGAAAAUGUUGAUAGAGAUUCUACAAAGACUGAUAUAACAAAAGCUUACAGAAGAUUAGCACGAAAAUGGCAUCCAGAUAUGCACAAGACAAAGGCAAAAAAGGAAGAAGCAGAACAAAUGUUUACCAAGAUUGCCAAUGCAUAUGAGAUUUUACGAGAUGAAGAACAAAGAUCUGAUUAUGAUUACAUGUUGGACCAUCCUGAUGAGUAUCUGGCCAACUACUAUAAUUAUUACAGACGACGUUAUGCUCCUAAAGUGGAUCCUCGUAUCGUUGUUGUUGUGACUAUAAGCAUCAUAUCUAUAAUUCAGUACUGGGCUGCUUGGAAUAAUUACAAUACGGCUGUUACCUAUCUAAGUAAAGAACCAAAAUACAGAUUUAGAGCCCAGGAGAUUAUAAAACAAGAGAAACUAGCUAAUAGUACUAACAAAAAGAAGGAUCGUAGAAAUAAGGAUCAGAUACGAGAGGAGGAGGAAGCCAUGAUUAGGAAAGUCAUUGAAGAGAACAUGGACAUAAGGGGUGCGUACCAGAAACCUACUGUUUAUGAUGUACUAUGGCUACAGAUUAUCUUACUACCCUAUACCCUGUACAAGUAUGUUAUUUCCUGUGUGGAUUGGACAUGGAGGUAUAGAAUUAAGAAGGAGGAAUACGACUUGGCAGCUAAAUAUUACCUCAUUCGCAGAAACUUGAAAAUUAGUCAAGGACAGUUUGAUGCAUUACAAGAUCACGAAAAAGAAGACUAUCUAUUACAAGAACUGUGGAUAAAGGAAAAGUUUGUGGUGUGGAAACAACAAAAGGAAGAUGAAAUGAAAAUUAAAAUGGCAGAAAGUGCUAGAUAUAAAAGUUACCGUCGCUACAUGAAGAAAGGAGGGCCUGGACAAAUGUCAUUUGGUCCUGAGUGACAUGUCUAAUUUGUGAUUUAUGACAAAAGUUGCUAGAAAUAUACCAAAUAAAGAAAUUUACACCAU